GCGAACAUCCCUGUAAACAUGGCGGGUAGCAUCCGCGGCCGUCCGAUCCGGAGUCUUCGGAUGCGAGGUCGGAAUGACAGCGGAGAGGAAAACGUACCGCUCGACCUAAGCAGAGAUCCCUCGGACAACUUCCGCGAAAUCUUGCAGAAUGUGGCCAAGCAGCGAGGCGUCAGUAACAUGCGGAAGCUGGGCCACCUCAAUAAUUUCAUCAAGCUCCUGUGCAGCGUUGGCCACUCUGAGGAGAAAUUUGGAUUCACCUAUGAGGAAAUCAUCAUCUGCCUGCGGUUAGCGCUGCUCAAUGAGGCCAAGGAGGUACGUGCGGCUGGUCUGCGGGCGCUACGCUACCUCAUCCGAGACAGCGCCAUUCUCCAGAAGGUUCUCCGCCUUCAGGUGGACUACCUGAUUGCCAGGUGCAUUGACAUCCAGCAGAGUAAUGAAGUGGAGCGAACGCAGGCUCUCAGGCUGGUGCGAAAGAUGAUCACUGUGAAUGCCCUGCUUUUUCCCAGUUCGAUCACCAACUCGCUGAUCGCUGUAGGCAAUGACGGGCUGCAGGAACGUGACCGCAUGGUGCGGGCAUGCAUCGCCAUCGUCUGUGAACUCGCUUUGAAGAACCCGGAGGUGGUUUCUCAGAGGGGCGGCAUCAGCGCCAUCCUUAAGAGUGUCAUCGACUGUCAGCUGAGUCGCAUCAAUGAAGCACUUAUCACCACCAUCCUGCACUUGCUCAACCACCCCCACACGCGGCAGUACAUCCGCUGCGACGUGGAGCUGGAGCAAAUCCUGGCACCUUACACCGACUCUCACUACAGGCACAACCCGGACACCGCCGAGGACCAGCUCAAGGAGGACAGAGAGGCACGGUUUUUCGCCAGCAAGAUGGCCAUUGUAGCGGCCUUUCGCUCCUGGUCAGGCAUCAUUAAUUUGUGUAAGUCGGGAAACUCCGGAAUCCAGUCGCUGAUUGGUCUGCUCUGUAUACCAAAUAUGGAAGUGAGGCGAGGCCUCUUGGAGGUCAUGUAUGAAAUAUUCCGACUUCCCGUUCCCGUUGUGACGCAGGAUUUUAUUGAAGCACUUCUCAGUGUCGACCCCAGUAGGUUUCAGGACAGUUGGAGACUGUCCGACGGCUUUGUGGCCUCAGAGGCUAAAGUGAUCCUCCCACAUCGAGCAAGGUCGAGACCGGACCUGAUGGACAACUACCUUGCCUUGGUUCUGUCUGCCUUCAUCAGCAGCGGACUCCUGGAGGGCCUGGUGGAGGUCAUCACCAGCAGUGAUGAUCACAUCUCUGUGCGAGCCACCAUUCUCCUGGGGCAGCUUCUUCACAUGGCCAACACCAUCCUCCCUCACUCACACAGCCACCAUCUGCACUGCCUGCCCACCCUCAUGAACAUGGCAGCCUCGUUCGACAUCUCGCAGGAGAAGAGACUACGGGCAAGCGCUGCAGUCAACUACCUGAAACGCUUCCACGAGAAGAAGAAACGUGGCCCCAAACCUCACAGCCUAUACUUGGACCACAUCAUCCGCAAAGCCAUGGUAGCCCACAGCCGGCGAGAGCAAUACCUCCGCGUCCAGAGGGACAUCAGCAUCAUCAAGGACACAGAGGAAGCUCUUCUCAUGAACAUCCGUGACAGUCAUAUCCUCAACCACAAGCAGAACCUGGAGUGGAACUGGGUACUGAUCGCUACCAUCCUGAAGUGGCCAAACGUGAACCUGCGGAACAAAGAUGAACAGAUGCACAAGUUUGUGCGCCGGCUGCUGUACUUCUUCAAGCCCAGUAGUAAGCUGUUUGCCAGCCUGGACCUGGAGCACAGCAAAGCGAGGCAGCUGACUGUGGCCGGGUGCCAGUUCAUCGAGUUCCUGCUGGAGUCAGAUGAGGAUGGGCAGGCCUAUCUGGAGGAGCUGGUGAGGGACAUCGAGCAGUGGCUGUCCUGUUCCUCCGGACUCAGGCCGGACCGCAGUCUCCAGAGCAAUGGCCUGGUGACCACGCUCAGCCAACAUUACUUCCUCUUCCUGGGCACCCUGUCUGCCAACCCCAGCGGUGUCAAGAUGCUGGAGAAGUGCAAUGUCUUCCAGUGCCUCCUCAACCUGUGCUCGCUGAAGAACCAGGACACUCUGUUGAAGUUGACGGUGUCCACGCUGGACUACAGCCGCGACGGCCUGGCUCGAGUCAUCCUGUCCAAGAUCCUCACAGCGUCCACAGAUAACUGCAGGCUGUACGCCACCAAGCAUCUGCGAGUGCUGCUGCGUGCCAAUGUGGAAUUCUUCAACAACUGGGGCAUCGAGCUGCUGGUCACACAGCUGCAUGACCGCAGCAAGGCCGUCUCCAUGGAGGCGCUGGACAUCCUAGAUGAGGCCUGCGAGGACAAGGCCAACCUGCAUGCCCUCAUCCAGAUGAAACCUGCCCUCACCCACCUGGGUGACAAGGGAGUUCUGCUGCUCCUACGGUUCCUGUCCAUUCCGAAGGGCUUCUCCUACCUCAGCCAGAGGGGCUACGUCAACCGUCAGCUUGAGAAGUGGCAGAAGGAACACAACCUGAAGUAUGUGGAUCUGGUGGAGGACCAGCUGAACGAAGCUCUCACCACGUACCGCAAACCUGUCGAUGGGGACAACUAUGUGCGCCGAAGCAACCAAAGGUUACAAAGACCAAACGUUUACCUUCCUGUGCACUUGUAUGGUCAGCUGGUCCACGAUAAGACGGGGUGCCACUUGCUGGAAGCUCAGAACGUGGUUCCAGAUCUGAGCUACACAGUUCGCUCCCCGACUCUAGAUAACUGGGAAGGCGUUAAGCACCUGAAGGCAGCACUCUGGGCCUUGGGUAACAUCGGCUCCUCCAACUGGGGUUUGAACCUGCUCCAGGAGGAAAACGUGAUCCCGGACAUCGUGGCUCUGGCCCAUCACUGCGAGGUCCUGUCCAUCCGCGGCACCUGCCUGUAUGUCCUGGGCCUGAUCUCCAAGACCAAGCAGGGCUGCGAAGUUCUGAAGCAGCAGGGCUGGGAUGCAGUGCGACACAGCCGGAGGCAGCCUUGGCCCGUGGUUCCAGAUGAGGUGGAGCGCCAGCCGGCCAGUGAGCUGUCCUCGGUGCCCAGUUCGCUCAGCCUCAACUCCGAGUCCACCGGCUCGCGGCACAACAGCGAGAGCGAGUCCACGCAGCCCGGCUUCUACAUCCUUGACGAUGAAAAGUGUGACUUGCUGGGCCUGCCGGAGGAGCUCCCACUGUACAUGCGUUCCAAGCCCCAGAAGGACCGCGGCCCUUUCACUCUGCUGACGUCAGGCAGCUCGGUGCGGCGCCGCCUCCUCAGCACUCUCACCCUGCCCAGUAAGAAGCUCCGAGGCACUGGCGACCCCAAGGCCAGCAAGCAGGGGGCCCCACGGCGCAGCCGCACCAUCACGGAGCCCUCCGACAUCUCUCCCGUCUACAAUGGCGGGCGCCUGGGCACGUCCGUCAGCUCGGAGACGUCUUUUCUGGGCUGCCGGGACGAUCGGGUGGGCGGGACUGCCAUCCUAGAGGUGGAGUCUAAGCUGGGUAGGGGCGGGGCCGAGAGUCACCGGGAACCCGGUAGCCGCGAGCGAUUGGCUGGAGAUGGCUCCUCCUCCUCGUCCUCGGGAGGGGGCGGGGCCCAGUUCAAGAGCCGCAGCCAGAGCUUCAACACGGACACGACGACCAGCGGCAUCAGCUCCAUGAGCUCCAGCCCGUCCCGGGAGACCGUGGCCGGCGUGGACUCGUCGGCGGGUGACACAGACUGUGUCAGCCUGGACACGGUGAUCAGCGCACGCACAGUGCGGACGUUGUGCUCGCUUACGCCACAGUCCAACCACCUGCCACUGUCCAAAUCAAGUUCAGCAUCGCUGGUGCCGCCCGGCUCCGCCCACACACUGCCACGCCGAGCCCAGUCACUCAAGUCACCCUCGGUGGCGGCCAUCCGCAGCCUGGCGGACUGCAGCUUCGCAUACACCAGCCCCCGGGACGCGCUAGGCUACGCCACACUCAAACGGCUGCAGCAGCAGCGCAUCCACCCGUCCCUGUCGCACAGUGAAGCACUGGCCUCCCCCGCCAAGGACGUGCUCUUCACCGACACCAUCACCAUGAAGGCCGGCAGCCUGGACUCCCGGCUCACGCCCCGCAGGUUCUUGAAGGCUCUGAGCUUUGCCUCUCUGGACAAAGAGGAGCUCCUAAGCCCCAUCAGCCAGACCACCCUGCACCGGUCCUCUUCUGUGCGCUCUAUGGUCUCCAGUGCCACCUAUGGGUGCAACGACGACUACAUCGGCCUGGCUCUGCCCAUGGACGUCAACGACAUGUUUCAGGUGAAGGAGACCCCGUACUUUAAGCAGAGCACAAGCCCACCGUCUGAGGACAAGAGUCCCAAGUUCUUCUUUGGAGAUGGGGACGGUUCCCGGUCAGGCGCCCCCCCUCCACUGCGUCCCCAGAUCAGCAUCACGGAGCUGGUGAGUGGCAGCCGUGCCGGACUGGGUGAGGAGACUGGCCUGCAGGAUCAUCGCGACGACAACUGUCUGUACUGCGUGGCCAUCCAGGUGCUGGGUGGCCACGCCCACAGUCAGGCCGACGCCCCCCACAACCGCACGGACUUCCCCGACGUGCCGUACUCUGAUUGGUGCAGCCAGCCCAUCCAUAGCCACCUGGAGGUCACGACCCAGUCCAAGUUCUCUGGCAUCUCCGGCUGCAGCGACACAUCCCAGGGUUCUGCAUGCAGCACGCCCAACGCCCAGCUGGUCUUGGGAGGAAAGCCCAUUUCAGAGGACGCGCCAGCCUGCCGUGCCUUGCUGCGGAAGGAGGUGCUUCGGCUGGUCGUGAAUCUCAGCUCCUCUGUGGGCACCAAGGGCCAUGAGACGGGCUUGCUGACGAUCAAAGAGAAGUUCCCGUACGCCUUUGACGACGUCUGCCUGUACUCGGAGGUGUCCCACUUGCUGGCUCACUGCGUGUUCCGCCUGGCCUCCCGCCGCUUCAUCCAGGAGCUCUUCCAAGACGUCCAGUUCACCCCGAUGUAUGAGGAAGCUGAUGUUGUCCUUAGCAGUCCAAAGCAGGCCGCUGCCAACUCGUCGGAAUGCUGAUCUUCCUGCACCUUUCUGUGAUUCCAUCCCACCCCCCCCCCGCCUAAAACAGACUUUUUUUUUUUGCACUUGGACUUUUUUUUGCAAGCCCCAGAUGCCCCCUCCCCAGCUCUUGUGGAGCGGGCCGUACCUCGGGCAGAGCUGACGUGGGAUUGGCGGGAGUUUCUCCGAAUGUCUUCUGUCUGUGCGCUCUGGUCCGCGUCAAAUGGUUUUCGCGGGCAGCUGCAUCUUUCACUGAACAUCCCUCCCGGCCGACACGUACAGCUUGGACUCUGGUAAUGAAAGCGACCCGAGUGCAUGGACCACAUGGAGGGCCUCGAACCGGGAACUGUCCGGUGUCAGCUUUCCGCCGUGGUUUUCCAGUUUCUCAUUCAGUGAGUGAGCAUCCUGUAACGGGAAAAAAUGACAAAGGUGUGCUGUUUCCCUCCGCCUUCCUCCCCUCACCCCGCCGGGUACCCAUCCCCUCGCUGUGUAACACUAACGAGCCGCCAUUAACUGGGACACCUCCAUUCCCAUACACGGUGAUGGGAGGCAGGGCCUAACACCGCCUGUCAUGUGAUCAAACACUGUACAGUAUUUCUUUUUUCCUCUACUGUUCUCUUUUCACAUUGUUUAGCCAAUCAGGUGUCAGAGUCGUGGGCCCGCCCUCUCUCCCCUUAGGGGCGGAGCUGGAGGCGACACCGGUGGCGUAAUGGAAACGCGAGUGGUGCCAGCUUCCUGUUGGGUUUUACUUCAGUUUCCUUUUUUUUUUUUGUUGCUGUUUUUAUUCGCUGCUCUUCAGGUUGGGGGAGGGGGGAGCAAAUUUGCAAGCCAAAUUUCCUAAUUAAGUUGUGGCAAACGCACAGGGAAUGAAAUGGAUGCAGAAAAAGCAGUGAAACCAUUUGGGUUUGGGCAUCCAUCUCCUCUGUGCGCAGGUUGGGUCUGUGCGUGACUGUGUGCACAUAUGUGUGUGUAUGUAUGUAUGUAUGUAUGUAUAGACGCGUGUCUGUGUGUGAGAAUUCUCACAUUUUUACCCUCUAUAUUCCUCUGCACUGGUGUAAGAUCUUGGCUGCGUUUGGUCUCAGCGGCUCUGGUUCCUCCAGCUGGUUCGUUGUUAAAACAGCUCCAGGGUCAUUUGAGUGGAAUCGCAUGGAGCUUAAGGUGACAUUACUGUGUUAUUCCUGAAACGUCUGCAUGAUGUCCUCCUCAAACAAACAGCAAAGCAGGUCAGAGGAGACACGAGGGCCGUGGGUCUUCGCCUCGGCGGCUGGACCCUCACGCUUAAAUCGCUUUCAUUUUAUAGUUUGUUUUUCUUCUUCUCUUUUUUUGUUUUUUUUUUUUUUUUUAAGAAAGAUUUUUGUAUUUUCUUUGGAUCCCAUGGAUGGAGCAUAGAACCGUUCAGCAGAAUUGUAAUUUAUUUUAGUAUCUAAUGAAUUUCCUCUAACGAGUCACCGGUACUUCCUGCGUCUGUCUGGGUUUCUGUGACGUGCCGUUUCUGUCCCAGACCACCUUGCCACAUCUUCCUGCCCAGGAUCAGUGUCGGCGCCACCUGUGAAGCCAC